AUGAACUUCAGUACAGAUUCAGAUAGUACAGUUUAUGUGGGAAAUAUAGAUCCGAGAAUAACGAAGGACCAACUUUAUGAACUUUUCAUUCAGAUUAACCCAGUUUUAAGGAUAAAAUAUCCCAAGGAUAAAGUCUUGCAGACUUACCAGGGCUACGCAUUCAUUGAGUUCUACAACAAGGAAGAUGCUGAAUAUGUGAUACAAAUAAUGAACAACACCGUCAAACUCUAUGACCGACUGAUAAAAGUUCGACAGGUGACCAACUCCGUAGGUACAGCUAAUUUAUCCUCGAAUAAUUCUAAGGACAUAGCGUUACCUAUUGCCAAGUUAUUUGUAAAGAAUCUGGCAGAUUCGAUAGAUAUUGACCAAUUGGCCAAGAUUUUUGGUAAAUUUGGCAAAACAAUAAGCAAGCCAGAGAUUUUUCACUUAUCAAAUGGGAAACUAAAGUGUGCGUGCGUUUAUUUUGAGGACUUCGAAAAGGCUGAUUUGGCAAUUAAAUCCCUAAAUAACCAAUUAGUCGCCAACAGCAGGAUCACUAUUGAUUACGCAUUCAAGGAAAAUGGAAAGGCUAGCACGAAAUACGGUAACGAGGUUGAUAGGCUAUUGAAUAAAGAGGCAUUGAAACACGGAAUGUUAAAAUAA